UCCUGUGCGGGCCGCGGCGGCGAGAAGAUGGCGGCGCUGGGCGAGCCGGUGCGGCUGGAGCGAGACAUCUGCAGAGCAAUUGAGUUGCUGGAAAAAUUACAGCGAAGUGGAGAAGUGCCACCACAAAAGCUACAGGCUUUGCAAAGGGUCCUUCAAAGUGAAUUCUGUAAUGCUGUAAGGGAGGUGUAUGAACAUGUAUACGAAACUGUGGAUAUCAGCAGUAGCCCAGAAGUUAGAGCUAAUGCAACAGCAAAGGCUACUGUAGCCGCAUUUGCUGCUAGUGAAGGUCAUUCCCAUCCCAGAGUGGUUGAACUACCCAAAACUGAAGAAGGUCUUGGAUUCAACAUUAUGGGAGGCAAAGAACAAAAUUCUCCCAUCUACAUCUCUCGAAUUAUUCCUGGCGGCAUAGCUGAUAGACAUGGAGGCCUGAAACGUGGAGACCAACUGCUGUCUGUAAACGGAGUGAGCGUCGAAGGUGAACACCAUGAAAAAGCAGUAGAACUGCUGAAGGCAGCUCAAGGAAAGGUUAAAUUAGUUGUGCGAUACACGCCAAAGGUCCUGGAAGAAAUGGAGUCGAGAUUUGAAAAAAUGAGAUCGGCAAAACGCAGGCAGCAAAAUUAACAUUGUAUGCAAUAACUUAAAGAGAAAAUAUAUUCCAUUUACAUUUUAGAGUUUGCUUUGUGACUCAGUUGAUCUAAUGCCUGGGCUACAAAAGACACUGUCCUUUUCAUAGAAUCACAGAUGAUUGAGGUUGGAGGGACUCCAGGAGAUCCCCUAGUCCAAACCCCCGCUGCUCAGAGGAGGGUUAGCUAGAGCAGGUUGCUUAGGACUGUGACAAGCUGGGUUUUUGAGCAUCUCCAGAGAUGGAGGCUCCAGAAGAUCUCUGGGCAACCUGCUUUAGGGUUUUGAUCUCCCUCACACUAUGAAGAUCCAUUCUUAUGCUUAAAUGGAGUUUCCUGUAUUUCCAUUUGUGCCCAUUGCCUCUUGUCCAGUCACUGGAUGCUACUGAGAAGAGUCUGGCUCUUCUUACACCCUAUCAGGCAUUUACACACCCCUGAGCCUUUUCUUCUCCAGGCUAGACAAUCCCAGCUCUUUCAGCCUCUCCUUGACUGUCAGAUGCUCCAAUCACAUAAUCACCUUUGUGCCCUUCACUGGACUCGCUCUUGUAUGCCCAUGCCUGUAUUGAACUGGGGAGCCCAAAACUGGGUCCAGCACUUGAGCUGUGUCUCGCCAGGGCUGAGCAGAGGGGAAGGAUCACCUCCCUCAGCUUGCUGGCAGUGCUUUUCCUAAUGCAGACUAGGAGGCUGCUGGGCUGCUUUGCCACAAGAGUACAUCAGUGGCUCACGGUCAGCUUGGUAUCGUUCUCUGCGAGGCCGCUUUGCGGCCGGUCAGCCCCCAGCCUGUACUGGUGCAUGGGGUUAUUCCUGCCCAGGCGCAGGACUUUGCACUUUCCUCUGCUGAACUUUGAGAUUCCCGUUUGCCCAUUUCUGCAGCCUGCUGAGGUCCCUCUGAAUGGCUCGCUGAGAGUGUCCAGUCACCCCUGAUAGUAAUGAAAAUGUUAAACAGCCUGGACCCCAGUACAGGCCCCUGAGGUGCACCAGUAGUGACUGGCAUCCAGCAGGACUUUGUGCCACUGAUGGCAACAGCCCCUGGCAGUUCAGCAUUUUUAGAAUGUUCUCAAUCUCCAUGUGUCUCACAGCUUAAGACGAAUGUGUACUUUUAAAAUGGCCUAAGACACCCUGAAAAAAGUAUAUAUAUGUUGAUAUUUCUAUUGAUUUUUUUAAUAAGUCUCUUUCAUGUCAGACCUUUAAGCAUGACAGUGAAUUUACAGAUUUUUCAAAGGCAUUUAAUAAGACAUUUCUACAAUUGACAUCCCUUCUUUCCUGUUUUCUUUUGGCAUUACUUAACACAGAAUCUGCAAGGUUUUUUUUUUGCUGAAUGAUUUUGGAAAAAAAGAUUCUUAUGUAGCAGUAUUUUGGCACUUUUCUUAAGAAGAAUAUGUUGUAUAUCAACUACAAAACCUAAUCAUGAUCUACUGUGUAGCUGAUAAUGAUACAAGAUUUUGUAAUGUUUUGGUGAGUACGUUAUUUUUACACUUCUGCGAAAUCUUAAUUCGUUUCUCUGGAAAUGGUAUUACCUCACCUGUAAAUAACUUACAGUUGGUGUUCUCGCAUAAUGAUUUUGUAAUAGCUGACAUUUACAAAUUUGCAACAAUCAUUCCUGUAACUUAUAUUAUUUUGUACUAAUUUUAAAGCAGUAGGGAAAAAUGUAAUUGUGUAUGCAGUUCUGGACUGACUCUGUAGUUGUAUUUUUAUAUUCAGAAGCAGAAGGUAUGUUAAUGCAGUGCAAAAGAAUUCCAGCUGUUUCCCUGACUUCCUGCUGUUUAAAAGAAAUAUUCAUCUUAACUGUCGUA